CUUUAGUUUAACAUUUGUAACUGGCAUGUGUGAAUUUCAACUUGACAUCAGUCUAUCUAGUGGCAGUCACACAACAUUAUGAUCAUUUUAGCAAAUUGUUCUAUUUUUCCUUUUGUAUCUGGCUUUAAGUUUUUUAGAUGAGCAGCUGUCAGAUUGUCAAAUCAGAUGAAACUGCUUUAAAGAUGGAGCUACAACAUGGGCUUGGAGCCUAGGAUACCACACUAUUCAAAAUAAUAUAAGUUACUAAGUUUGUGGUAAAUACCUUAAUUACAAAAUCUACGUUUUGUAAUCUGCCCAUUUGAUAUAAAGCUGGUAAUAAUUAAGAGUAUUUAAGGUGUAUAAAACCACUGAAGAGAGUCUUGGUGGUAACCAAAUUACCUUAAUUCCCUUUCUUUUGAUACUUGUAAUAACGAACAAUAUAUUAUUAAUUAUAUAAUUUUUUUUUAGGGUUAAUAAACCCCCAUUCUAAUCUUACAUGGUUAUAAGUAGGUUUAAGUUUUGGAAAUCUGGUUCAGCUGUAAGGUUAACGUUACCAGUUACCUCUUCAGCAGUUAGAUUGAGCCCAUCCUCGUUGCUUUCUGGCAUGUGAAGGUCAUGAAUAGCCUAAAAUAAUUGAGACAAUUUUGUUAGUGGAUCUAACAGGACUGAGUAAACAUUUAAUCGAUAUAAUUUCAUAACUGUUGUUGUCGCCAUGAGGAGACGGGGUUCUGGAAAUCAUAACAAUUGUUAACAGUUAGCUUGAGCCAACGGUCAGAUACAGACCGAGGGGGAACAACAUCGCUUUUCUCAUGUCACUGUCUACGGCCCAGUCGUAACGUUACCGACCCAAAAAUCAUCUGUUGGUCAGUCACUCCUCUUUUCUUUUUUUAUUGUGGGCGGAAGUCGUUGUUUACUCCUCGCGGUGCUGUGCACGCUCCGAAUAUCAAAACCAAACGCGGCACUUUCAAAGUUAAGCUAGCUUCGGUACUCCAGCGUGAUGUUCUACACUCAGCUCUUCACGUCCAAGCGGGGCCCUCUAGCCAAAAUUUGGUUGGCAGCCCACUGGGAAAGGAAACUCACAAAGGCCCAUGUAUUUGAAUGCAAUUUGGAAACCUCCAUCAGAGACAUUAUUUCCCCAACGAUGAAAAUUGGUUUGAGGACAUCUGGUCAUCUGCUCAUUGGUGUGGUCAGGAUCUACUCCAAAAAAGCCAAGUAUCUCCUUGCAGACUGCAAUGAUGCCCUGGUCAAAAUUAAAAUGGAAUUCAGGCCAGGUCAGACAGAUAUGCCCGAGGAGGGGCUCGAGGCAACACUAAAAGCAAUUACCCUGAUCGAAGAUUUCACCGCCUUCGAUGUCCAGCUGCCGCACCCAAGUAACAUAGAUGUCGUGGACCACUUUUCACUGAACCAGUGUCGAUCAGAAGAAAUUACUCUGAAAGAGGAUUUUGGAAGUGGCUUUCUGAACUUGGCAGAUUUUGGAGAUGAGUCCCAGAGCCACCAUAAUGUUCUGAUGGAUAUGAGCUUCCAGAGCCUGGCUCAACAUGGAGACGCUUUUGGGGAUGAGGAUAAAGGGUUCGACCUACUCGACUUUCUGACAAACUCCAGUGAUCACAUUGAGUCCACCGACUUAAUCCCAGAAGAGCCUCAUAAUGAAAAUCCAGAGAUCUCUACAGUCAAUUAUCAACAAGAUGCUGACAAAAUGGAGGUGGAGACCCCUACACUGAAUCAGACCACCCUGCUUGCUAAUGAGGCGGAGGCCUUUGCCCUUGAACCUGUGGCCAUCACUCCAAACUCUGAGAAGAAGAGGGGGAAAAGGAAACGCAAGUUGGUUGUGGACCAGACUAAAGAGCUGAGCAAUGAAUCCAUCAGAGCCCAGCUUUCUGACUACUCAGAUCUGGUCGCCCCUUUGGACAUGGCCCCACCAACCCUGCAGCUCAUGCAUUGGAAGGAGAGCGGUGGUGCAGACAAACUCUUUGCACAGCCAUGUUCCACUGUAGUAUCUCCACAAAUACUUGAGCUUUUUGCCAAGAGUAUUUUCCAGGUGAAAUAUUCUGGUGUGUGUGAUGAGGUUGAGGUGAUACGCCAGGGUGGACAAGAAGUUCAGAGGGACACAAGUGCACUCACCACAGACAACGCCAGUCCAGUGGAUUCAUCAAUAGAUCCUGAAAAAACACACAACGCUGAAUUGACAAUCAUUGAUGCCAUUAAUGACAGUCAACAUGAGAAUUACCCCGAGCUCGCAGAGGUAAGUAUGUCAUGUGAGGAGAAGAAUGAAAACAGGUCGGCGUUUACUCAGCCUGAACUUCCGUCAGAAGACUCCAUGUUUGUUCAUACAUCUUUCAUGGAGCAGGAAACUCAGUCAACUUCCCUCCACACUCAGUCUAUGCUGGACAGCCAGGACUUUGAGGAGAAGAAGAUAAGCAGGCGUGCACAGAAGCUUCUGAACACUCUAAAAAGCCAGGGCAACAGAGACACCACGUUCAGCCUGGAGGCACUCUGCGAAGGAGGGACUCGCUCACAGGCUGCAACCACUUUCUUCUGUCUCCUUAUCCUGAAAAAACAAAAAGCUCUUCACCUGCACCAGAGCGCACCGUAUGAGGACAUCUUUGCCACACCUGGACCCAAGUUCUAUGAUUAGUACAACAGAAAACUUGAUCUGCCUCAUGCUCAAAUAGCACGUUUGUGUUUCUAUGUCAGUGUCCCAGAGUAAAAAUCAAAUGGGUUUCUGGGCUAACUAGUAA